AGUGGUGAGACCUUAAUACCUGCCAAGAUACUCUCCAAACCCAUCUCUCUCUCUCUCUGUGAUUCAUUCAUCUUUCUUUCAAGUUUCAAUAUCCUUCCAUCUGAAUUAUUCAAAGCAACAAAAAGAAAUGGAACCCUUAAAUUAUUCUUUUAGGGUUUUCAUUAUUAUUGUUUUAGUCUUUUUGUUCUGUUGUUCAUCUUCUUUUUCUUCACCUGUGUUGCACCCUUUGAUUCUAGACUCAACAUUUGAGCAUCAGAACUAUACGACCAUAUCGGAUUUUCGAGUUGUAAACAGAAGAGUUCUAUCGGAAUGUCCAUUCAUCAACCCUUAUCUCCACGUCAAUGUUGUGAGUAAUUCUUCUUCGAAUUCUAAUAAGCUUUCUGAUGAUGAAUUUGUUCAAGUCACUAUUAGUGGAAUUCUCCUUCCUUCACCCAAGGAUUGGGUUGCCAUGAUAUCGCCUUCGAGUUCUGAUGUGGGGUAUUGUCCAUUGAAGAAGGCUGAAUAUUUACAAACCGGUGAUCUUGCUGACCUCCCUCUACUAUGCCAUUAUCCUGUUAAGGCACAGUAUGUGAAGAGUGAUCCAGACUACCUAAGUUGCAAGAAGAAGGAAUGCAAGAAAUAUGACAAGAUUCAUGGGAAAUGUGUGGUAAACACUUGCAAUGCUACAUUGACAUUCCAUGUUGUCAACUUCAGAACAGAUGUUUCAUUUGUUCUGUUUGGUGGCGGGUUUGACACCCCUUGUACCCUGGCUAGGUCUAACCCCGUCGGUUUUGCUAAUCCAAACAAGCCCUUAUAUGGACAUCUCUCUAGUACCGACUCCACCGGAACAUUGAUGAGAUUGACAUGGGUUAGUGGGGACUCUAAGACACAACAAGUUCAAUAUGGAGAUGGAAAAACACUAUCUUCACAAGUUUCUACAUUCACUCCCGAUGAUAUGUGCAGUUCUGUACUACCAAGUCCCGCAAAAGACUUUGGGUGGCAUGAUCCAGGAUUUAUUCACUCAGCUGUCAUGACAGGGCUUAAGCCUUCAACCAACUUCACCUAUAGAUAUGGAAGUGAUGCAGUUGGGUGGAGUGAGAAAAUCCAGUUGAAGACACCACCUGCAGCAGGAUCAGAUGAGCUCAAGUUUCUUGCUUUUGGUGACAUGGGGAAGGCUCCUCUUGAUAAUGCUUCUAUUGAGCACUACAUUCAGCCGGGAUCGGUCUCGGUGGUCAAGGCCAUGACAGAUGAAGUGAAUUCUGGUAAUGUGGAUUCAAUCUUCCACAUUGGGGACAUUAGCUACGCAACAGGGUUUCUAGUUGAAUGGGACUUUUUUCUUCAUCUGAUAACUCCAUUGGCAUCAAGAUUAUCUUACAUGACAGCUAUCGGAAACCAUGAGAGGGAUUAUGUGGACUCAGGGACAGUGUACAUUACUCCUGAUUCAGGUGGAGAGUGUGGAGUUCCUUAUGAAACAUAUUUUCAAAUGCCAAGUGCAGAGAAGGAUAAACCAUGGUAUUCUAUAGAGCAAGGUGGAGUUCACUUCACUGUGAUUUCUACUGAACAUGACUGGACCCCAAAUUCUGAGCAGUAUGCAUGGAUGAAAAAGGACUUGGGUUCGGUCGAUCGGUCGAGAACACCUUGGCUAAUAUUUAUGGGGCAUAGACCAAUGUAUAGUUCAAGUGGCUUGAGUGUUGACACAAGGUUUAAAUCUGCUGUGGAGCCUCUGCUGCUCCAAAACAAGGUUGAUCUGGUGUUCGUUGGGCAUGUCCAUAACUAUGAAAGAACAUGUUCAGUUUACAAUAGUCAGUGCCUUGCCAUGCCUAAGAAAGAUGAAAAUGGAGUCGACACGUAUGAUCACAGCAAUUACAAGGCUCCAGUUCAGGCAGUUAUUGGGAUGGCUGGGUUCAGUUUGGACAAGUUCUCUGAUACUACUAAUAGUUGGAGCUUGGUGAGGAUAUCUAAAUUUGGGUACUUGAGAGGUCAUGCAACAAAAGAAGAGCUAAAAUUCGAGUUUGUAAAUUCAGAUACAAGAGAGGUGGAGGAUAGCUUCAGGAUCACUAAGUAGAAAAGAUAACUAGACAGUGGAGCUAAUACUCUGUUUCUGUAAUGUCAGAUGACACCUUUGUAGGCUCUGUUACUGUGUGGACUUGAUGGAAAAGAAAAUAAAUUAAAGAAUGCAAAGUACUUUUCUUCCUCAGUCAAUGAGUUUCU